AUGAAUGAGUCCCUGAAUAGUUUUGUCUACAAUGAAUGGACACAACCAGCUUUAGCAUCCUGUCAAAUAUUAAAAUGGAUUGGUGGUUAUUUAUGUUUUACUUUUAUUUGUGGUAUUACUCUCAAUGGUAUUAUUCUUAGUAUUCUUUGUGAUAGUAAACAUCGUCGAUCGCCAAUUGAUAUAUUUAUAAUUUGUUUAUGUAUUUCUGAUUUACUAGCUUCUUUACUUGGCAUUCCAUUGCCACUUACGUCUAAUUUGGCUUGCCGGUGGUUAUAUGGUAAAUAUCUAUGUUAUUACGAAGGUUUUAUUGCUUAUUUUGUUGGUAUGGUUGGACUUUAUUUAUUAACUGCUUUAUCUCUGAAUCGAUAUUGGAUCAUUGUUACGCCCAACAGAGAAGAAUUUGUUACUUUUAAAACUGCUUAUAUAUCAGUAUUUUUAUCAAUACUAGGUGGUUUAUUUUGGGCAUUACCACCUAUACUUGGUUGGAAUGAUUAUACACUCGAAGGUGCACGAACAUCAUGUUCAAUACGCUGGCAAGAUCGAACAGCCAAUGUUCUUAGUUACAAUAUUCUUAUGUUUGUUUUUGCAUACAUUGUGCCAUUAUCUGUUAUGAUUUAUUGCAAUAUAUGUAUAUAUCUCAAAGUACGACAAGUUGCUAAAAAUAAGUUGCUAUGGAAUAAAUCUAUUACUGCAUUGAGAUCACAUCAGAAACGACAAAAUGUAGAACAACGUCUGGCAAAAACAGUUUUUAUUAUUAUUCUUACUUUCAGUAUUGCAUGGACACCAUAUGCAAUUGUGGCAUUUAUAUCAUCAUUUUUUUCUCCUACUAUAAUUUCACCAUUAGGUGCUUCAAUACCAGCAAUAUUUGCUAAAUCAUCAGUUUAUUUUAAUCCAUUUGUAUAUAUUAUAUCAAAUUCUCAUAUUCGUUCAAAAUUAUUCCAUUGGCGAAAAACAAUCAAUCAAACACAUAUCGAUCCAUCAAAAGAAACAGUUGAACUAACGACUCCGUUAAAUAAAUGUCGAACUCCAUUAACAUCUUAA